AUGCCCACAUCCACAUUCCCAGCAGAGGGGGAUCAUCCCAAUCACAAUCCCGUCGUCUCCCUCGACCCCUCUAACCCGCUCGACCCUCGCCCGCUCAUAGCCGACAUCCUCCGCACGCGGUACUGCGUGCCGGGGUCGGUCUUCUUGGUCGAGUCGGUCGAGCGCUGCAUCCCGAUUCCCCACCCGGACGAGGACGGUCUCCGCGGGGACGGGGACGGCAGUGGAGCAGCAGCAGCAGCAGCAGCACGACGACGGCGGCGACAGUCACGACGGCCCGAGCGCACCGUGCGGCUGCUCCUGGGCGACGGGGAGCUGUGCAUCCAGGCUUUUGUGAGGGGCGAGAUCCACGGGUUCGUCGACGGCGGCAGCGUGUAUGAGGGGUGCUAUGUCCGGCUGGAUCGGUUCUCGCUGGGGGAGGAGGAGCUGAGGGUGGUGUAUCUGGUCGUGGGCGAUAUGGUUACGGUCGGAUGGAACGAGGAGUAUCUGGGAAUCCUGAGGAGGGAGAGGGAGGAGAGGGAGGAGAGGGAGAGGAGGGAGAAGAGGGAGGAGAGGGAGAAGAGGGAGGAGAGGGAGAAGAGGGAGGAGAGGGAGAAGAGGCAGGAGAGGGAGAAGAGGGAGAAGGAAAUGCAUUCGCAGCGGCUGAUGGAUGUCGAGGAAGGCGGCCAAGCUAGCAGCGCGGUCGUGGCAGACGAAGCUGCCAAAGCACAUGCUCCCGAGAUCUCCGGAACUGUCUCUGCGAACCCCGCCGAGAGAGAGAGACCAGACGAAUCCGACUACCUCUCCGAUUCCGACUCGGCUUUUGAGACCCUCGUAGUGUCCGCCGAGCGCGUCACUCAACGCCGCAUCGCUGUUGCCGCUCCUCCGGAUCCCCGAGAGGAACUCGGAGCUGCCAUCGUCAAGCAGAACCAAGAACACGGCGGCGAAAACGAAAGCCCUGACCAUCUUCAACCACGUCCACACCAACCGCAACCGCAGUCUCGACUGCAACCGCAACAAGCCAAACCCCAAGCCGUCACAAACCCCCGUCCGUGGCUCCCGACCGACGCCAGGCAACUGGUCAAGCUGACCCCCCUCUCCCAGAUCCCGCACCUCCCGUACCGCCAGAACUGGAUGGUCAACGUGCUCGCGGUGGUGACGUCCCUCUCGGGCGUUGAGCCGUCCUACAUCGGCCCCUCCUUCCGGCAGCGGACGGCGCGGCUCGCAGACAUGAGCACGCCCAAGCAGGUGCACCUGUCGGUCUACCUGGACCCGGAAGAGUUCACGCCAGCCGAGGGCAGCGUGGUGCUGCUGCUCGGGGUGAAGAACCACCUGUUCGAGGGCGGGUCGCUGAGGAAGUACGUCAGCGACCGCCUGGCUAGUGGCCAGAGCUGGUGGGUUGCGGACCCGGGAGAGCUGGGUUGGUGCAGGGCCGGGGUGGAGAGGUUGAGGGCUUGGUGGAGGGAGAAGCAGAGGGAAAAUUGGGGGAGGGGGAGGGGGGAAGGAUGA